AUGAAUAAACUAUUUAAAACAUUAAUACAAAAGCGUGAUGGUGGAUCAUCAUCAUCAACGACAAUACCAACAGAAGGUGUAACAUCAAAUAAUAAUACUUCAACAUCACCAGAUAUUCUUCUUACAUUAACACAUCUUCGAAAAGUUUUCUAUGAAUAUCAACAUCCUAAAAUUCAAUGGACACAACAAGAUAAACAUGAUCGUCUAUAUUUAACAUUACCAAUGGUUAUUAAAGUACUUAGUGUACUUACAAACAAUGAAUGGGAAGUACGUUUUCCUGAAUUAUCUGAUUAUACAUUUACACUUGCUAAAUUACUUGUUUAUGAAAUACGUAUGCGUGCCGAUAAAGAACCAAAUCCAUGUGCAGCAAGUCAAGCUAUUAUUGAAUAUCUUGAAAUAAAUGAUGAAACAAAUUCUUUAUCAGGAUGGUCAUUACUUCGUGCACUUAAAUUAUUAUCUACAGGACCUAAUUUUAUAAUGGAUAAAUUUUCACAAGCAUCAUUACCAAGUACAUUUGUUAAAUGUUUAUAUUUAUUUUUUGAUUUACCUGAAAUUUUAAUAACACAUUUAAAUAAUGAUAUUAUAUCACCAAAAGAAAAACGUAUAUUACUUGAACAAAUAUUUUUUCAACUAUUAUCACGUAUUGCAAUGUCAAAUUCAUGUGUUGAUGAAUUGACACGACGUGAUGAUCUUUUAUUAUUAUUUAAUGCAAUAUCAAGUAAUUGUCCUGAACGAAAUAAACCAUGGAGAAUACAAGCAUCGGAAAUGCUUAUUUUAAUUGGAAAACAUUCAUUGCAACCAGCUAUUCAAUGCAUUCAUAAUGCUCGAUGUAUAUCUCAAUGUGUGGAUAAUUUACGUCGAGCAACAUGUGAUUUAUCAUUAAUGGAUAUAGCCCGUGUUUAUGAAACAUUAAUAUGUUUAUUAAUUGAAUCAGCACCAUUAUCAUCAAGUCUUAUGGAUGAUUUUCGUCUUGCACAUUGUUAUGUUCAUAUGAAAGAUAUUGUUUUGAGACUUGAAAAUGAAUGGAUUAAUGAUGAAUCGGAAAAAUUUUUUGCACGGUUUAUUACAUUACUCGGUGAUUUUACUUAUGCAGGUCAUAAUGAGCUUAAAUUACCUGGUCGACCUGAAACAAUUAUUGAUAUUCCAAAUUUUAUUAUGCCACAACCUAAAAAAACCGGUUUCAUUGUUCGUAAUAUUUCUGCAUUUACAAUUCUUCAGUCGAUUUUUCAACAAUCGACUCAUCCACUUCUUAUUAAUAUAGUAUUCGAUACAAUAAGUAGUAUUAUAUUAGCUGAUAAUGCAAAUUAUUUUCUUUGUGGUGAAAAUCUUUCACCAAUUACUGAAAUUCUUUAUCAUAAACCCAAUGAUGUACAAUUAAAAAUUUAUGAUCUUUUGGAAUUUAUUGUAUUUCAACUUAAAUAUAUUCCACAUAGAGAACUUGUUAAUUUAUCUAUAAUGCUCAAAUCACAGAAUUGUGUACAAAGUCAUAAGAAUUGUGUAAAAUAUCUAAUACAUAUACUUAAAUUUCAUAAUGUAUUAAAAGAUGCUCUUCGUGAAUUGGGUUUUAUUGAAGUACUUAUCGCACGUUUACAUCAUUUUGCAACAUUACUUAAAGAAUCAAUACAAGAUCCAAAUGAUAAAGGUGAUAAUAUGGAUCCAGACGAAAAAGAAUUAGGUUUCAUGAUUAUGGAAGCAUUAGCUUUACUUUUAUCACAUAAUCAAAAAAAUGCUAAAAUAUUUCGAGAACACGGUGGUGCAAGACUUGCACAUAAUAUUAUUCCAUAUCGAUUAUGUCGAGUAGCAGCAUUAACUGUUGUACUUCAUCUUGUUUUGUGUACUGGAGGUGAAGAUGAUACAGGAACAUUAUUAGGACUUAUACAUACAGCAAAAUUAGAAGAAUUGGAGAUGAAAUCAGUUAUUCUUAAAGGAUUUCUUUAUAUUCUUCGUGAAAGUCAUCGAACUCGUACUGUCUUUCGAAAAGUUGGUGGCUUUGUCUAUAUUGUUUCAUUAUUAAUCUCAAUGGAAGGUUGUCUUGCUGUACCACCUAAAAAUCCAUGGGCAACAGUAUCUCGUCAUGAAAUUUUAUCUAUUAUUCGUCUUAUACUUAAUACAUUAACUGUAGCAAUGCGUUUUGAACCUGGCAAUGCUCGUCUAUUUGAAAAUGAGGUUCGUUGGCAAAGUUUAUCUGAUGCUAUUAAAUUACUUGGUUGUUUUACAAAUGAAACUCGUCUUACUGACAGUGUAAUAUUAUCAAAAUUUGAUUAUGCACCAAAACAUAAUUAUGAAAUAUUCGAACAAUUAUUUUAUUCACUCGAUGAACGUAUUAUGUCAUCAACAGAUUUACCUCUUGAACUGGUUAAUGCGUGUCAUAUAGCACGAUGUUUUCAUGAUAUUGCACUUGAUUGUAUUGAUAAAUCAUUUGUAAAUCCAAAUUUAAAAUAUGAACCAAUCAAACAUGGAACAUCCAUAGAUAAUAGUGAUGACCCAGCACCUAGUCCAGUGUUUCGAUCGAAUACACUUAAUAUGUCAUCAACAACACGAACAUCAGCAACAUUUACAUUUCCAUCUUAUAUGGAUGAACCUAUUAUUGUUUAUCCUGGUGCUGUUGUCUGUUUUCUGCAAAUUAUUUCUUGUAUACCACGUACGGCGGAUGAGCAGUAUUCAAAUCGUUUACAAUAUUUUUUAAUGUUAACAUUAAAAAAUUUACUUAAAUAUGAUCGUAAUUUACAAAUAAUGGCUACAUAUGGAUUUUCUCAACAUAUUUUAUAUAUAUGUGAAAUUGCAUUACAAAAUGAAAAUCAUCAUUUACAUACAUCUGUAGAAUAUAUAUUUGAACGAUUAGCUACUUUUAUUUUACCCGUACGAACAUUAAGACAAUUUCUUCGUAUGGGUAUUGAUUCAAUAAUGAGUCCAACACUUUAUAUGACUUCUUCAAAAGAUGCUAGUUUAAUAAAUAAACCAUUUGUACCAUUAAAUCGAAUAAAAUGUCUUGUUUCAAUGACAACAUUGCGUGAUAUUCGACGUGAAACGCAAACUUUAUUAUCAUCGAAUUCUCCAACAGGAAUAUUAUCAAAUACAUCUUCAAUGGUAUUUCCAUCAUUUGUUGAAUUUAAUAUGGGUAUUGAAGGUUUUGGUGCUUUAUUAUUACCAUGUAUAAGUCCACAAUCUAUUUCAUCAUCAAGUAAUGUUGUUGGUAAUUUUGGUAUGGUUGCAAUGACAAAUGAAAUCGUAUUACAAGGUGGUAUGACAUUAACAAAUGGUGGUGAAAGACCAUUUCCACCACAAUAUGGAAUGACUUAUUCAACAUGGUUUUAUGUUGAAAAAUUUGGUCCUAUUAAAGAUAAUAUACAUCCAAUACGUCUUUUAACUAUUAUACGACAUACAUUUAAUCGUGAAGAUUAUCGAUUUGUUUUACAAAUUUAUAUACAUCCAAAAGAUAAAUCUUUAUUAGUAUCAACACAAGAACAUCCAUUUCAAGCCAUUGCAACAACUACAGGUUCAUCAGCUACAAGUACAACAACAACACAUCCAUCAGCUACACGUGCAACAACAACAAGUCCAUCAGCUACACGUGUAGCAACAACAGAUCCAUCAUCUACAAGUGACGAUCAUCCAAUCGUGUCACCAACAGCAUUCCUUGAUGAAGGUAUACAACAAGAUAAAAAUGAUCGUCUUUAUUCAACAUUACCAAUGAUUAUUAAAGUUCUUAGUGUACUUUCAAAUAAUGAAUGGGAAGAAUAUUUUCCUGAAUUAUCUGAAUAUACAUUAGCUAAAUUACUUGUCUAUGAAAUACAUCUAUGUGCUGAUAAAGAAAUUUAA